UCCCGGCUGCCGGCGAGGCGAGAGGGGGCGGGCGGAGGAGCCGCGUCUCUGUGUGGGUCACGGCACGGCACUGGGUAUCCCGGGCUCGCCGGCUUUUUUCACACAGGCUGGGAACUGCUUUUCCUGGCCGCGGAGCAGGAGCUCUCCCGACGCUGCCCGGGCAGCAAUGGCCGGGUCGGUGCCGCUGCAGGAAGAGCCAUUCUCCGAUCCUGGAAGGCCCUGGUGCAGCUCGCCAGUCUCCGUGUUCAGGGGUUUAUGUGGGAAUCAGAGCAGAAUGGAUCGGUAUCGAUAUUUCAUCUUUAACCAGAGGAACAUGGUCGUGCUGGGGAUGUUCCAGAUUGCCUUCAGCACCGUCUGUGUCACCAGUGGGUUCAUAGAUGGCAUUUUCAGAACAGAGUCUCAGCUGGGCAAAACCAGAGCUCCAAUUUGGGCUGGCAUGGUAAUGGGAGUCCCAGGGGUCCUGGCUUUGUUCUCCUCGCAGAGGAAGAAUCCAGUUCUUGUGAAUGUACUGAUAGUUGCUUCCAUAAUCUCUUGUGUUGCCAUCAUCAUCGUUAUAGUUUAUAGCUCCUUCACACUGAGCUAUGGUGAAGAGGAGGAGCUGAGUUCUGCCCCAGUCCAUGUUAUCCAUACUAGGCUCAUACUCAGUAAAGUUGUCAAGGGUGCCAACAUAGCCAUGCUGGCUGUGUCCAUCUGCAGUGCCUUUUCUGUGCUGGCCAUGGCUUACUUGGGAUGCCGGAGCCUUCCACUCUGCUCCUGCUAUGACAAUGUGACUGGCAUGGAAUGGUUGCAGCCCAGCGAGGACCAAAAUCAGGCUGUGGAAAUGAUUUGUGCUGUACAAAGCCCUGGAGGGAGAAUUUUUAACUUCACAGAUCAGUUUCCAGCCCAGGAUGUAGAUGCAGAAGAAGACACAUCCAAACCUCCACCCUAUAUCAGAAUGACGUGAAAAAGUGGCUGAACAUUUUGUUCAAACGUGGCAAGAGAGAUGCAAUCAGUUCUUAAUCUUUAAAGAUGGUUAUGCACUUUUCCUUGGCCAUUUGAAAAACACACACAGAGUGAACUAGUGAAUGCCCAGCACUGAGCAGAGAUCACAGUGCAGAGGGAAACAUCUGCAGGUGAUUUUGAACUUUCAGACUUUGUACAGUGAAAAUACCUCAUUGCUUCUGGAAAGUGAGAGCAUUUUUUAGUCCAGCUUUUGUACAUAAAUCAUGUCUCAUUUCACUAGAAUGCAUCAUGUAAUUUGUGCAGCAGUGCUAGCCUUAGGCAUUUAAAUAUUACAUAUAAUUCAUUUUUCUUCAACUGCUAUCUCGAUUUUUCCCUCUUACUGCAUGAAUUAUUUGGAUGAUAAUGAAGGACACACUUCAUCCUUGAGCUUCAGAAUGUUUUCCUUUUCUUCUUGGUAGGAAUGGGGGCAAGUAAAGUUUUUGAUAUGAAACCUUAAUUGUGCCAUUUAGAUACCUCUGUCAAAAUGUGGCUUCUGUGGGGUGUACAUGUGUCAGUACAAUUAGUUUUAGCAUUGAAGUCUAACUGUAGAGUGUGGCAGGAACUGGAGCUCAGUAGCUCCUCUUAUGAAGUAACUUGAAUAAAUUCAGUUCAAGUUUUCCUA